AUGGCUGCUAUCAUUGGAGAGGCUAUAAGGAGAUAUAGAGAUAACCAGGAGAGGAAGUCUACUGCUCUCUCUCUUCCCCACCAUCACCAUGAAUCGCUUCCUCAAGAACUCUCUCUCUCGCUUCAUUGGUAGUGUGAAUCGAAUUCAACCAAUACUUACAUCCAUUCAAUUUUCACGUCAAUUUUCCGGAAAUCUCGAACGGGACCCAUGUGAAUCGGUGGAGGGUCUGGUCCGAUGUCCAGCUAACCACGUUCCUCUCUCUCCCAUAACCUUCCUGGAGCGAUCUGCAAAGGUUUACAGAGACAGAACAUCGCUUGUGUACGGUUCUGUGAAGUACACUUGGAAGGAGACUCACGAGCGAUGUCUCAGACUCGCCUCUGCUCUCACCCACUUGGGGAUUUCCCCUGGAGAUGUUGUAGCAACGUUGGCCCCUAAUAUUCCAGCAAUGCAUGAGCUGCAUUUUGCGGUACCAAUGGCUGGAGCAGUAAUUUGUACACUUAAUACACGCCAUGAUUCAGCUAUGCUGUCAGUCCUACUGAGACAUUCCGAAGCCAAGGUCAUUUUUGUAGAUUACCAGUUACUUGAAAUUGCUCGUGGAGCACUUGAUCUUCUUGUAAGUACAGAAUCGAAACUUCCUAUUUUAGUGUUGGUUCCUGAAUCUGAUGACUCAUCUCAAACAACUAUUACUUCUGAUACUUAUGAAUACGAGAGACUCUUGGCAAGUGGACAUACAGAAUUUUCCAUAAGACGGCCAAGAAAUGAAUUGGAUCCUAUCAGUGUAAAUUAUACUUCUGGCACAACUUCACUUCCCAAAGGAGUUGUUUAUAGUCACAGAGGUGCCUAUCUCAAUGCCUUCGCGACAUUUUUUCUUCAUGGAAUGGGCUCAAUGCCUGUUUAUCUUUGGACAGUGCCUAUGUUUCACUGCAACGGGUGGUGCCUCAUUUGGGGACUCACAGCCCUCGGUGGCACUAACAUAUGCCUUAGAAGUGUCUCUCCUAAAGCCAUUUUUCAAAAUAUUGCUCUCCACAAGGUGACACACAUGGGUGGCGCACCAACUGUCUUGAACAUGAUUGUAAAUUCGCCUUCAAAUGACCGAUGCCCACUUCCCCACAAGGUUGAAGUAAUGACGGGUGGUGCACCACCUCCUCCACAGAUACUUCUUAAGAUGGAGGAGCUCGGUUUUGGACUAUCUCACUUGUAUGGACUUACAGAAACUUAUGGUCCUGGGACAUCUUGUGUAUGGAAGCCUGAAUGGGACUCUUUGCCUCAAGAUGAACGAUUAAAGCUAAAAGCACGACAAGGAGUUCAACAUCUCGGUCUAGAAGAAGUAGACAUCAAAGAUUCUAUCACCAUGAAAAGCAUACCGGCUGAUGGAAAGACGGUUGGUGAGGUUAUGUUCAGAGGAAACACAGUAAUGAGUGGAUACCUCAAAGAUUUGGAAGCGACACAAGAGGCUUUCAGGGGUGGGUGGUUCAGAAGUGGUGAUCUUGCUGUGAAACACCCUGACGGGUAUAUAGAAGUCAAGGACCGCUCGAAGGAUAUUAUAAUCUCUGGGGGUGAGAAUAUUAGCAGUGUAGAGGUAGAGACGACGUUGUUUAGUCAUCCGGCUGUGCUUGAAGCUGCGGUGGUUGCUAGACCGGAUGAUCACUGGGGUCAGACGCCUUGCGCCUUUGUGAAGUUGAAGGAGGGAUUCAGUGUCGAUGCUCAAGAGGUAAUCAAGUUCUGCAGGGAUCGUUUGCCACAUUAUAUGGCACCCCGGACAGUCAUUUUUGAAGAUCUUCCUAAAACUUCAACUGGGAAGGUGCAGAAGUUUGUUCUGAGGGAGAAGGCAAAAGCUUUGGGCAGCCUUUCUAAGUGGUUUCAUUCACUUGACAGAACAAGAAGAAAUUUUGCUGUUGAGCAAAGAUGGGCAAAUUUGUGAUUCUUUAAGAUUCCACAAAUAGUAUAGCUGCUUCUGGUGGAUUUCACUACGUAUAUAUAUUUCGGGAGAAAUCUUCCAAGAACUUCUUAAAUCGGUAACAAGUUGUCAAUAACAUCUAAAUGCAAAUAAAAAUAUAGUUCAAAAGUA